GACAGUGGAAACGAUUUGAAUAUGAAUAGAAAGCUAUGCAAUACUGCUGGUGUAAUGCUCUAAAUGUAAUCUAAUAGAGAAUAUAGUAAUAUAGUAAUUUAUCAACCUCCGCUCAUAUUUUCUCCCUUUGUUUUCAUACUGUUCAGAUAAAAAAAAUACGUGCGUGCGUUACUCAAUAUCCAAGUUUAGGCUACUGUGUAACUGUUAUGGCUACAUUCUGUCAGGUACAUGUAUAUAACGUCUAGGAACCAUUGUUCAACUGAAACAUUCUGUGAAGUAAUGGGUUCUAAAUUGACCAGGCAAAGUAGUCUGGACCAAAUAGAAACCACAUUUUCUAAGAGGAGACGCCAGCAGCAUGACAGCUCCGGAGAAGCAGAGCGGAGUGGUGGCAGGGGAGGUGGGGAAUUCUUGUUUACAUCCCUGAUGCUGAAGUCAGACAAGCUCCCAGGGAUGCUGUGGAAAAUCAACCACAGCCCCUAUGUGAGACGGGUGGCAUGGAUCCGAGAAAUACAGAAGCUUCUUCGAGAACAGAAACAAGAACAAGCAGUCGAGGUGCUCAAAUUGCUAAGAAAGGACUUGGGACUCCAGGGAACAUCCCUCAAUGAUAUCCUCUAUAAGAACGCAGCCUUUCUCAACCUGGUGGAUCCAAUCUCCCAUGAGCUCUUGCUCAGCCUGGCCAAAGACAUGCAGUGUCCAAAGAGGGAAACAGAUACCCUGAAGUCAUCCAACAAGAUCUGCAGACAGCUGAUAUUCCACCUGACCCCUCACUCCAAGUGGAUGAGACAAAGCCUUCCCAGGAAGAAGUCGCAGGCCUGGUGAGUCUGCCCGUCUGCCGAUCUGUCCAUCUAUCGCUGGCACAUCCACUAACUGGGACAGCUACUGCCAUAACACCACUGCAAAGAAAUGAACAGCGAACAGCAAACUGACGUCAGAGGAGUGAUACAGUACGCACGGCCCCAAAACCUACUUAAAACCUGUUAGGGCUAGGGGGCAGUAUUUGCACGGCUGGAUAAAAAAAUGUACCCGAUUU